AUGGAGGUAUCUCCUGAUUUCAUUCCUGGGACGGUCCACCUGGUCGACCUCGCGGGCACCGUCCACGCCCUUCACGCCAACGGUGGCAAGCGCGACAUUGUGCUCGUUCCUGCACCCUCGGCACACCCUGACGACCCCUUGAACUGGAGUCCACGGCGAAAGCUGCUGUACCUCGCGUGUCUGUGCACUUACAUUCUCUCCGUCGGAAUCGCCACGGCCGCUAUUUACUCGGUCCUCGUGCCCAUCUCGAUUGACAUCGAUCUCAGCGUGGGCGACCUGAACACGGGAACUGGAUACAUGUUCUUGUUCCUUGGCUGGGGGUGCCUCUUCUGGCAACCUCUGGCCCAGCAAUAUGGAAAGCGGCCCAUCUACUUGAUCUCGUGUCUGGCCACGAUGGCGAUCAUGAUUUGGGCACCGUACACCACGACCAACGGUCAGUGGAUAGCCAACAAGAUCUUGCAGGGCUUCUUCAGCGCCCCGAUUGAGUCCUUGUGCGAAGUCUCCAUCUCGGACGUGUACUUCACGCACGAGCGAGGCACAUACAUUGGCGUGUAUGCGCUCUUUCUGGCUGGCAGCAACUUCUUCGCCCCCUUGAUCUCGGGCUUCAUCAAUGACGGUCAGGGUUGGCAAUGGGUCUUGUACUGGUGUGCCAUCUUCUGUGGUGGGGCUUUCGUGAUCUUGUUCUUCUUCAUGGAAGAGACCAACUACCACCGGGCUCCGAUUCUCGCCAUCGAACCGGACGAGGCACUUCCGGAGGACCAGGAAUCAGAAAGCGCCGAAUCUAACCUCGAAACGUCCACCACUGACCCGGAGAAGAAGAUGCCCGCUGUCCGAGGUGAUACUGGACCCGAUACUCGUCAAGGUAGCGUCCACGUCUCCUACCAGAAGAAAACCUUCCUACAAAAGAUGGCUCUCCUGAGAAAGGAAGACCUGCAAAAGAAGAAUCAAAUGAAGGGGAUGGUCCUUCGACCUCUGAUCUUCCUGACCUUUCCCGUCAUCGUCUUCUGCGGGUUCAUGUAUGGCGCCAUCGCCUGCUACUUCGCGGUCCUCAACGGGACCGCUUCGCUCAUUCUGUCGGCACCGCCAUACAAUUUCUCGUCCAGUAUGGUUGGAUUGUCUUACUUGUCGUGUCUGAUCGGAACGUUCUUAGGAUUUUUUGUCGCCGGCCCGGUGGGCGACCGGUUCAUACUGUGGAAGGCUCGACGUAACAACGGUAUCAUGGAACCAGAGCACCGGCUGUGGCUCUACAGCAUCUUGUUGGUACUCACCCCCGGGGGCCUUUUGAUCUGGGGCUUGGGGGCAGCUCACCAUGUCCAUUGGUUUGGAUUGAUCUUCGCCAUGGGCAUGCUUGCGACCUGCAUCGCGGUUGGAGUUCAACUGCCGGUCAGCUAUUGCAUUGAUUCGUACAAAUCCAUCAGCGGAGACGCCAUGGUGACGGUUAUUCUCGUCCGAAACACCAUGGUCUUCGCCGUGAACUACGGCAUCACGCCAUGGGUUACCAACAUGGGUUAUCAGAAUGCAUUCCUGGUGUGUGCGUUUGUCGCCCUGGCUCAGAUCUCACUCUACUUUGUCUUUAUCAAGUGGGGACGUGGAUUCCGCAAGGCCAGUGUCUCUCGCUACUUGAAAUACGUCAGGCAGAUCGAGGACAAUGGCCUGGCCCAUUAA